CCUGUUGGAUUCUAGGUUUAAAAAAGAAUGACCUCAUGUGGGUGGAGCUCUGGGACUUCGUAGAGGUGGUGGCAGUCACAGCCAGGUAACCCUGGAGUGAAGCAGUUUAGUUAGAAGGGGGCAGAUAAACUCGUCAUUCUAGUGGCUUUAACCCUCACCCUGAGGCGCCUUAGCAACCAGUCAUUGCCUGCAAGCCUCUAAAGCUUGUCUUUGCCUCAUAUGGAGCCCAAAGAAGCCACUGGGAAAGAAAACAUGGUCACCAAGAAAAAGAAUCUGGCCUUCCUGAGGUCCAGACUCUAUAUGUUGGAGAGAAGGAAGACUGACACUGUGGUUGACAGCAGUGUUUCUGGGGACCACUCUGGCACCUUGAGGAGGAGCCAAUCUGACAGGACCGAAUACAACCAGAAAUUACAAGAAAAGAUGACUCCACAGGGUGAGUGUUCUGUAGCUGAGACCUUAACCCCAGAGGAAGAGCAUCAAAUGAAGAGGAUGAUGGCAAAGCGGGAAAAGAUCAUCAAGGAGCUGAUACAGACGGAAAAGGAUUAUCUCAAUGAUCUAGAGCUGUGUGUUAGGGAAGUGAUUCAGCCCCUGAGAAAUAAAAAGAUUGAUAGGCUGGAUGUGGAUAGCUUGUUUAGCAACAUUGAGUCCGUGCAUCAGAUAUCAGCCAAGCUGCUGUCAUUGUUGGAAGAGGCCACAACAGACGUGGAACCGGCCAUGCAAGUAAUUGGAGAAGUAUUCUUGCAGAUUAAAGGGCCACUGGAAGAUAUUUAUAAAAUUUACUGCUAUCAACAUGAUGAAGCACGUAGUAUACUGGAGUCCUAUGAAAAGGAAGAAGAGCUGAAGGAACAUUUGAGCCACUGUAUCCAGUCCUUAAAGAAAAUAUACAUGCAAGAAGGCAAACCAAACUUACUGGACAUGGGCUCUUUGAUGAUCAAACCAAUUCAACGUGUGAUGAAAUACCCCCUAUUACUGUGCGAACUUCGGAAUUCCACCCCUCCCUCUCACCCAGAUUACAGAGCACUGGAUGAUGCUUUUGCUGCUGUGAAGGACAUUAAUGUUAACAUCAAUGAACUUAAAAGAAGGAAAGAUUUAGUUCUAAAAUACAAGAAGAAUGACGAGGAUGAGUCACUUAAAGACAAAUUGUCUAAACUAAAUAUUCAUUCAAUUAGCAAGAAAUCAAAAAGAGUGACAAAUCAUUUGAAGAUUCUGACCAGAGGAGAAUCACAGGUUAAAGACAAUACCUUUAACAGAGAAGAAAAGCUGUUUAGAGCUUUAGAAAAGACUGUGAGGCUUUGUGUGAAGAACAUUUCACUCUGUCUUCAACACAUACAGGAUGCCAUGCCCCUGGCUCUGCAGAGUGUAAUGGACCUUCAGGAGAUUUCAUACAACAAAGACGAUGAGAUGGGCUAUUCUGAGACCCUAAGUAAUGCCUUAAAUUCGUGUCAUGACUUUGCAUCUCACUUACAGAGACUCAUCCUGAUGCCCUUGUCAGCCCUGCUGUCCUUAUUCCCAGGGCCUCACAAGCUCAUCCAGAAACGCUAUGACAAACUGCUGGAUUGCAACAGCUACCUACAGCGAUCAGCAGGAGAGGAGUCAGACUUGGCCAAAAAGGAGUAUGAAGCCCUCAAUGCCCAGCUUGUGGAGGAGCUCCAGGCGUUCAACCAGGCUGCUCGGAAGAUUCUGUUGAACUGUCUGUGCAGCUUUAUCACCCUCCUUAGGGACCUGAUGCUCGUGGCACAGCAGGCUUACUCCACACUUGUGCCGGUGCCACUGUUGGUUUCAGGCAUUUCUGAGAUUCAGAAUCAAGUACUAGAAGAGGUCCAAAAUUUGAAUUGUGUGAAAGAAAACAGUGCCACCUUUAUUGAGAGGAAACUCAGUUUUGAAAAGAAGAAGCCUGUGCAGAUUCUGCCAGAAAUGCCACGUCAAACUGAUAUUCAUCGCUACAAACUUCUAUCCACAUAUAGUGCAGAGGAACUCUAUCAAGCUAAGCGCAAGUGCAAUGCUACACAAGAAUAUGACAUCAAUCUUCUGGAAGGAGAGUUGGUGGCUGUGAUAGAACAGAAAGAUCCACUGGGGAGUACAAGCAGGUGGCUUGUGGACACAGGAAAUGUGAAAGGAUAUGUUUAUUCCUCCUUCCUAAAACCCUACAAUCCAGCAAAAAUGCAGAAAGUGGAUACUGAGAACAGGUUCUGUGAUGAUGAUUUUGAGAACAUCAGCCUCUUUGUGUCUUCUCGGCCAGCUAGUGACAGUGUCACAGGCACUUCAGAAAGCAGCAUUGGUUAUAGCAGCUCAUCUCUUAGUGGCAUGUGUGGAAAGUUUGAAACAAAUGGUACUGAUGUUGACAGUUUUCAAGAAGUAGACGAACAGAUUUUCUAUGCAGUUCAUGCUUUUCAAGCACGGAGUGACCAUGAACUCAGCCUUCAGGAAUAUCAGAGAGUUCGUAUACUUAGGUUUUGUGACCUAAGUGGCAAUAAAGAGUGGUGGUUAGCUGAAGCUCAAGGGCAGAAAGGAUAUGUGCCCGCUAACUACCUUGGAAAGAUGACUUAUGCUUAAGAAAAUAAGACUUCGACUUUUAUUUUCCAGCAAGUUAUUGAUUGACUACCUCAUAAAACUGACAUUACAAAACUUUGGACCAGAAAGCAAGAAACCUCC